GCGCGCGCGCGCUGAAUCCCCGGUACAUUAGCGACAGUAAGACCCAGUGGAAGCCCACCGGCCGCCCCCUCACACUGGGAGAGAGAUGCGCUGCUGUGGGCGAUGAGCUCCGGUGAAGGUGUAUAAGUCUCGCAGCUCACUUCAGAGACGCACAUUUUUAGGUAGCUACUGCGUGCGCUUUUACACCAAACCCGCGCUCAGGAUCCCUGUCGAUCCCGUGUAUAGGGCAGUUUUCCGAGCCAGUGCGUGCUGUGUGUGUUCUGUGAACCGCACCUCCGGGAACGGAAAGGCAACUCCGCGCUCCGCAGCUUGGCACUGAACUGAAGCGGGGAGAUCACACCGCAGCUGGAGAAGGAGCGCAGGAUCACUGCGUCUGAGAUGCUCAAAGUGAGUAUGAUCAGCUCCAGGCCAGGCGCAGCUCCGGAAUACUGGAUCGAUGGCUCCAAGAAAGAGACGCUGGAGGACUUCUACGAGCUCGAGUCGGAACUGGGACGGGGAGCCACGUCAGUGGUGUUUCGAUGUCGGCAAAAAGGCACCCAGAAACCCUACGCUGUGAAGAAGCUGAAGAAAACAGUUGACAAGAAGAUUGUACGAACAGAGAUCGGAGUCCUGCUGCGCCUCUCUCAUCCAAAUAUAAUCAAGCUGAAGGAGAUCUUCGAGACGCCGUCAGAGAUCAGUCUCGUCCUGGAGCUUGUAACUGGAGGAGAAUUAUUUGACAGGGUGGUGGAGAAGGGCUACUACAGCGAGCGAGAUGCAGCAGACGCUAUCAAACAGGUGCUGGAGGCCGUCGCGUACCUGCAUGAAAAUGGUGUCGUGCACCGCGACCUGAAACCCGAGAACCUCCUGUACGCCACUUCAGCACCAGACGCUCCUCUCAAAAUAGCCGAUUUCGGGCUGUCGAAAAUCGUGGACGACCAAGUGACAAUGAAGACGGUGUGCGGGACUCCAGGAUAUUGUGCUCCAGAGAUCCUCCGGGGGUGUGCCUACGGGCCCGAAGUUGACAUGUGGUCUGUAGGAGUUAUCACAUACAUCUUACUGUGCGGUUUUGAGCCUUUUUUUGAUGACAGAGGGGAUCAGUACAUGUUCAAGCGCAUCCUGAACUGUGAAUAUGAGUUUGUCUCCCCCUGGUGGGAUAACGUGUCUCUUAACGCUAAGGACCUGGUGAAGAAGUUGAUCGUCAAGGACUCAAAGAAGCGGCUGACGACGCAGCAGGCCCUGCAGCACCCGUGGGUGACCGGGAAAGCCGCUAACUUCACCCACAUGGACACGGCUCAGAAAAAGCUCCAGGAGUUCAACGCCAGAAGAAAGCUCAAGGCUGCCGUUAAAGCCGUGGUGGCUUCGACACGGCUGGGAAGCGCCAGCAGCCACAGCAACUCGGACGCAAGCAAGGCAAACUCUCUUCCUGCUGAGCAGCAGGACGCGGAAGACGAGCAGCCUGAAAAAGACGUCCACAAGCUAGAAGACCCGUAGACUUGUUUGAAUUUGCAAGGGAACGAGUUUACCAUUUGUCAGUGAAAGGAAAAUGUUGUUUUUCUCACAGGUUUGGUUAGACCUGAAACCAUUGUGUCCUGACAAGGCUCAUGACAGGAUAGAGAUUUGGGUUUUGGUGACAUGCAUGUGAUUGAUUUAGGCUACAAUAUCAGACUUUGCAAAAAAACAAAACAAAACAAAAAAAACCAUCAUGCCAUUUAAUACAAGGCAUCUUGAUAUCUGUAUCAUGUAUUUGAAAGCUGUAUGUGAACCAAGUGCAGGUGAACUGUUUUUCCAUUAACAGAUAUCGGGUGAUCACUAUGUUUAAGUUAUAUCCUAUAUAGCCAACUGAACCAUCAGACUGAAGACUUUUUAAUGACUAUACCAUAAGACGCAACACCGAGCUGCUUUAUUACAAACAUAUUUUUUGAAUGCAUACGAUUUACACGUAAACAGUACAAAUCAUACAAUUUAAACAAAAUCCUCGAGCUGUCAAUGUCAUAUUAUACACCAGGGUCUUAUUCUUUGCUAUAGAGAAAUAUCUAUAGAAGUAAGCUUAAAUAUAGUUACUUUACAUCCUAAUAGUUAUACCGAAUUGAAAGGGCUUAGAAUAAUGUUUGUGUUGUUGAUGAAGGAAAUCGACGGGCUGGUUUUCUACUUUUCUAAGAAUCAAUACCAAGUACAUGAUGCAUGGUUUAAAAAAAAAAAAGAAAUAAAAAAAAGAAAGGAGUUAUGCACAAAUUAAUGCUUAUUAACAGUGCCAAAAUCCUUCUGCACCCUCAGAAGGUCCCACUGUCUGCUCCAAAAUUGUUGGCACCCUUGGUUAAAAAAAAAAAGAAGAUGUCUCAGUUAAUUAGCUCAGUCUCACACUGAAAGAAAUCUCACUCUUAAUUGAAGUAAAACCCCUAUUAAACUUUAUAUGUUUUAAAAACAAACUCAUGUCACAAUUAUUGGCACCCUGCACGUUGUGCAGCCCCGCUUUGCCAACAUAACAGCAUAACAUACUUAAUAGUUUAGGAUUCGGUUCUUUUCUGUAUACUCGUCCUGCUUUUUUACAUCAAACCCACCUCGAGUGUUGCCAAAAUCACUCAAAAUGUCUAAAAACCUAGUUCCCGAGAAAGCUCCAGUAAUGUCUAGUGAACUUCCGGAGAUUAUGUCUGUGGUUAGAUGAAAGAAAAGGCUUUCUUCUUCAUGACUUCCAAAUAGUUUGUUGGAGUAUAAUUGUAGAUUUGGAGACUUGGUGUCCCCCAAACUGCUACCAUCUUGUGCAAAUCUCACUCUGCGGUCUGUUGAGAACUGUUUGGCUCUCUGAACAUCCUCCUCGAAAUACACUUGUUUACACUUUUAAUCUUCUUAACUAUCGCCCUAACAGGAUAUUUCAGGCGUGUUAGUUGAUUCAUAAAGUUUUGUCUCAUUUCAUAUUUGUAUUUGCUAAUCAUCCCUAUAUUGCUGAAUGACUGAAGGAAUUUGGCCUCUGUGCCAUCUCCUGUUCACACCCUAGUAAAACAAGGAUGAUGCUUAAGAGUUCCUAAACACUCAGGUGAACUUUUUCAUCCAGUAUUUUUAGUGUGAGAUUACGCUAUUUAACCACAGACAUUUUUCCCCCAUAAUCUUUUAUUUAAUUAUUUAUUUUAAAUACCAUCUAUACCAAGGGUGUCAAUAAUUCUGGACCUGACUGUAUAUUCAGGUUAUAAAGUUAAAAGUUUUUGGUUUAUAUAUGAACGCUAUUAGGCUAAAUUGUCAGUCACGGUUCUUCACCGUCUUGACUGAUCAGCAUUUAGAAAAAGGAGUUCAAAGGUGUAUUGAUUGAAUGUUACUUAGGCUAUAGCAUGCUUUUAUGUACAAAUAUCAGCAAAUGCUGUUUCGGAAUUAUUUGCUAAAGACGUAUGGAAAGGAAUGUAGCAUGGGUGUACUAUAUAAAGGUCGCAUUGCAUGUAGGAAUGUUCUGCAGCUCCAAAUGUCUUCUUAAAGUGCACAUAUUUGACUAAUAUUAAUUACCAUGUGUUCUACAGUACGAUAUUUACAGGCUGUUCGAGGGCCACAUUGUAUGAGACUCAGAGGUCAAAUUUGUAUAUCUGCCUGUUUCUAUCUUAACAUUUUCAUUUUACAAUGAAAAUUAUACUGUGUAUUAAUUGCAAAAAUAAAAGCUAAUAAACGCAAUAACAGAGGUGUGUUGUGCCUGCUCGGGAACACUGGAAAAGCGCUUACAUAACCAUACAGCUUGUCUGAAGUACAAGCUUAAUUUUGGACUAUUAAA